AUGCCGGACGCCUUCUUCCAAAAGAAGCGCAAGCGCAACACCUCCUCCGCGGGCCCCUCGAGCCGAGCGGGUCCUUCGCGCUCCCAACCGUCCUCUUCCAAAACAAAGUCUCGGAUGCGCAAGACCGACUCCUCUUCGGACGAAGACGACGACGCAGCCGGCGGAGGGAUUGAUGACCUCGAUCUGCGCCACAAUUACGCCAAUGAUGCGAACAGCGAUGAUGAAGCGGAAGCCUCCGAGACUCCGGCAGAGGCCAGAGUGCGGCUGGCCAAGAUGUACCUCUCCGGCCUCUCCUCCACCACCACGCCAACCGGGGAUGAUGACUUUUUCGAAUCCGAUUCGCCCUCCUUUGGGCUAGCAGACGCAGCCGUUGCAGAUCGAGAGAACAUCGCUGCGCGAUUGCAAAAGGAUGUGGCGGAACAGAGCGGGCGCGUCCACGUCUUUCUCUCGGAUCGCCUGUCCGCACCCACUUCGACCCUGGCGGUGAGGGGGCAUCGGCUGAGCGUCACUUCCGCGGUAGCCUCUUCGGACGCACGAUGGUUGUUCACAGCGGGGAAGGAUGGGAGCAUCAUCCGUUGGAGUCUGCGCGAUGGACGAAUGGUUCGUGUCUUCCCCAAACAGUCCAAGCGUCUCGAAUCGAAUGGUGAGGCUGUGCCUCCGAGCGGGGUGGGGAAGAGCAAGUCCUCCGGUGCAGCACGUCGUCGUUCCCGCCUCUCGAAAAGCGACACCUAUCUCACCGUGGGACAGGAUCAAGGUCAUACAGACGAGAUUUUCACCCUCUCCCUCUCCUCCGAUGGACAACACCUUGCGAGCGGUGGCAAAGACCGUCGCGUGUGCAUCUGGCGCAUCACCCCAUCCUCCGACACCUUCCUCAAGACUCUUUCAGGCCACAAGGACGCCAUUACUGCGCUCUCCUUCCGUCUCGGAUCACACGAACUCCUCACCGCAUCCCUCGACCGAACCCUCAAGCUGUACGACAUCUCCCAGCUGAGCUACAUCGAGACGCUGUUCGGACAUCAGGAAUCCGUGCUGUCACUCUCGUGUCUGUCGGCGGAGACGGCGGUUUCGGCCGGUGGACGCGAUCGCACCUGUCGAUUCUGGAAGAUCCGCGAUGAAUCCCAACUGGUAUUUCGCGCUGGAAUCCGAUCGAAACUGCGCUCCGUGUUGGAAGGUGGCGAGCUGAGUAAGCCGGAUCUUGGGGCUCCACACGAAGCGCUUGAGGGAAGUGUCGAUGUGGUAGCCAUGAUCGACAAUCACCAUUUCGUAUCCGGUGGCGAUAGCGGUACGAUUUCGCUGUGGAACUUGGGACGGAAGAAACCGAUCUUUAGUGUUCCAGUGGCGCACGGGUUUGAUGUGACGCACAGCGAGACGGAGGGCGAGAUCCGUACGCCACGGUGGGUGGUGAGUUUGGGCGCGAUGGCGUUUGGGGAUGUGUUUGUGAGCGGUAGCUGGGAUGGCAGUGUACGGGUGUGGGGUCUGACGCUGGCGAGUGGACAGGUGAAGGGGUUUAGGGAGCUGUUUACGGUGGAUGUGCCAGGGGUCGUGAAUUCGUUGCAGAUCGUUCAACCGCCGAUCAACAGCGUCGUGCAGGAUCCGCAGACUAGGAUGGUGCAGAGCACAGCGGUGAGAGCGGAGGAAUACCGGCGUCGAGGUGGUCUGGAUCAACCCUCCACCAGGCCAACGGAGAAGGAAGGGGAGAAGGGGGAGAAGUUACCUCGUGUCAAGGCGACCAAGGAAAACGCUCCGCCGAUUGUGAUUGUCGGCGUCGGACAGGAGCACAAGUUCGGUCGAUGGAUUCAGGAUAAGACUGCCAAGAACGGGGCGUUGGUCAUUCCGCUGCUGCUGACCGACACCGCUGCUUCAGGGGGCGAGAAGCGGAGGGCCAACAGUGAGGCCAACGCAGAUCGAUUCAAGCUCGUCUAG